AAUAGACUGGAAACCUAACUUUAAGAAUGAGGACAUUGACAGUCAUGUCUUAUUGGCCAAGCAUAAAUCACUAUGUGAGCAUAAGUCACUGUUAAUUAUGGAAAUCAGUUGCAUGAUUACAUAACCUAAACAUUUGAAUUUUGUUUUAGAGUUCAUUUAGGAGGCGAUGUUCAAAAGCUUGCGUUCCCCAUGGAGGAACACAAUCCGUUCUCUGAUACCACAUCCUUCAAAAGGUCAAAGCACAAUGUUCGUCAAGAGAUCACAGCAGUGGGCGAAGACAAGCCACUGUUCCCCGGAGCCAGCUCCAGCUACACUGAGAAGCUCAAGUUUCUCGGCGGAGACGUCUACGAUCCCAUUCCGGUCUACAGGGUGAUGAACAAGAUGGGUAGCAUCAUCGACCCCAGCCAGGACCCGGGGCUGGACCAGGCAUUUGUGGAGAAGAUGUACAAGAGCAUGACAAAACUCAAUGCCAUGGACAAGAUCAUGUACGAGUCUCAGCGUCAGGGGAGGAUUUCCUUCUACAUGACAUCCUAUGGAGAGGAAGGCACACACAUUGGCAGUGCGGCAGCAUUGGAUGAUAAGGAUAUCAUCUAUGGCCAGUACAGAGAGGGAGGGGUAUUGCUGUGGCGUGAUUUCCCACUGGAGAAGAUGAUGAAUCAGUGCUAUGGCAACAACGAGGACGCGGGCAAAGGGAGGCAAAUGCCAGUGCAUUAUGGGUCGAAGGAGCACAGCUUUGCGGCCAUAUCGUCCCCUCUUGCCACCCAGAUGCCCCACGCUGCUGGAGCUGCAUUUGCGCUGAAGAGGGCGGGACUUGACAUUUGUACUGUCUGCUAUUUUGGGGAUGGAGCAGCCAGUGAGGGCGACGCCCAUGCAGCACUUAACUUUGCCGCCACCCUAGACGCACCUUGUAUAUUUUUCUGCCGGAACAAUGGUUAUGCCAUAUCAACACCAACAUCUGAGCAGUACAGAGGAGAUGGAAUUGCUUGUCGUGGUCCAGCUUAUGGCAUCACCAGCAUACGAGUAGACGGUAAUGAUGUCUUCGCUGUCUACAACGCAACCAAAUCUGCAAGGGAGAUUGCAGUCACGGAGAGUAAGCCAGUUCUGAUCGAGGCCAUGACAUACAGGAUUGGUCACCACAGCACCAGUGAUGACUCCUCAGCCUAUCGGUCAGUGGACGAGGUCAAAUACUGGGACAAAGAGGACCAUCCCAUUGGCCGACUCCGCAACUACAUGCUGAGCAAAGACUGGUGGGACGUGGACCGAGAGAAGGCAUGGAUGGUGGAGGUCAAGAAAGAGGUCAUGCAGAAGUUUCAGGCAGCCGAGAAGCUCAAGAAGCCGUCUCCGCAGUACAUGCUGACAGACGUCUUUGACAAGCCCUCUAAGAGGCUCAGCCAACAGGCAGAAGAACUGAAGAAGCACGUGCAGCAGUACAAGGAGCACUACCCCACGGAUAAGUUUGACGAACUGUGAUGGAAAGGAAACUAAAGCCGAGUCCGAGUCACUUGCCUAGAGUUACUGACUAUUUCCGUGACAACAAAGCAACCCGUUAAAGUCAAGUCCCACCCUGUAAAGGUCAAGAUGCCAUCAUGGUUUAUUUUAACCACCCACAAAAAAAGUAUGCUACAUGUAUCUGCCUAAAAGGUUUUGCUAAACAAGAAUCGGUUUUGUGUCCUUGUUGAUAUCCUGAGAGACUGAGCACAACAUGGCAAAAGCACAAGAAACUAAAGUUCUUCCACUACAAAGCAAAACUGCUCAUGAGCAUGCAAAUGGUGACAAAUUUAUCUCUAGGUAGACUUGAUUAUCUGCACGUAAACGCACACUUAGGACAAAUUAUCACUGCAGAGUCAAGUUUGCUUGAAGGUAAUAAUUGCGUCCAUGCAAUGGAAGUAUUUUGGUUCGUGCUCAACUGAAUUUGGCUGAGUA